AUGGCAGAGAAGCAGGAGGAGCCCAGCAACGCCCAGAAUGGGGAACCCGACAACGCCGAGGAGGGCGAGGGCAAGAAGAAGAAGCUGAAGAGGGAAGAUCUUCCACCGUUUGAAAUCGUGACAGGGGAACGCCUCCCAGCCAUCUUUUUCAAGUUCCAGUUCCGGAACGUGGAAUACAGCUCCGGCAGGAACAAAACCUUCCUGUGCUACGUGAUGGAGACGCAGGGCAAGGAGCCGGCGACGAGCCGGGGUUACCUGGAGGACGAGCACGCGGCGGCCCACGCCGAGAUGGCCUUUCUGAACACCAUCCUGCCCCGCUGCGAGCCCGGCGCGCGCUGCACCGUCACCUGGUACGUGUCGUCCAGCCCCUGCGUGGGCUGCGCCGAGCGCAUCGCCGACACGCUGCGCAGGAACAAGGCCCUGCACCUCACCAUCAUGGUGGGCCGGCUCUUCAUGUGGGACCAGCCCGACGUGCAGGCGGCUCUCCGCAGCCUGAAGGCGGCCGGCUGCAAGCUGAGGAUUAUGAAGCCUCAAGACUUUGAGUAUGUGUGGCAGAACUUUGUGGAGCAGGAGGAAGGGGAGGAAGCGAAGUCGUUCGUGCCCUGGGAGGACAUUCAGGAGAACUUCCAGUACUACGAGGAGAAGCUGGCUGAGAUCCUGCACUGA